AGGGUUUAUUGUAUGCAACCUUAUAUUGUAUUUCUACAAGAGACUGUUUUCACGGCUUGAACUAGUUACCACUUCGUCACAUGACACCAAUUUUACCAGUUAAUUCAAGGCUUCCCUUCAUAUCUAGAGUGUGAGAGAGAAAAGAGAGGAAGGAUCGUGUAAGCUUCAUCGUUAUGUUAGGCUUUUUCUAUUAUUCAUUUUUAAAUAUGUCCGUUGACAAAAGAAUGAGGGUGUUCUCAACGCAAAAAAAUUAUUCUGGCUAAUACUAUUCUUAUCUCCAACUACUUGUACAGCUUUUUUUUUUUGAGCAACCAACUUGAAAAAACAAUUAAAAUUAUUAUUCUAAUAAUUAGUUGUAAUUCUAGCCUGCCUAUUUAAGUACUCCUCCUCGUGGAUAUGGAGUACAUGACAGCAGUUUCUUCUCAUUCUACAAGUCUUUUUCUCCACAACAUCUCCUACCAUUACUCUCCCACUUCCUAUUGAUAAUAUAACUAUUACAUUUCCUUUUUUUCUUUGAACAAUCUUUUCAUUUAUUAUUACUUCUCCAACAUCUGCAUUUACUAAGAUGAUAUCUCUUGGUAUGUGCAUUGGAGUUUUUCUUGUUAUGAUCAUUAUACAUUGGGUUUACAACUGGAGGAAUCCCAGAUGCAAUGGAAAACUCCCACCAGGUUCAAUGGGCUGGCCAUUACUCGGUGAGACCAUUCAGUUUUUUGCCCCAAAUACAACAUCAGAUAUUGCUCCCUUUGUGAAGGAAAGGGUGAAAAGGUAUGGACCGAUUUUCCGAACCAGUGUGGUGGGACGUCCUGUUAUAGUAUCUACAGACCCGGACCUUAAUUACUUCAUCUUUCAGCAAGAGGGACAGUUGUUUCAGAGCUGGUAUCCAGAUACAUUCACUGAGAUAUUCGGAAGGCAAAAUGUAGGUUCCUUGCAUGGUUUCAUGUACAAGUACUUGAAGAACAUGGUACUGAACCUUUUUGGUCCUGAAAGUCUGAAAAAAAUGAUGCCUGAGGUUGAAGAGGCAGCAAAAAAUAAAUUGAAGAGGUGGUCGGGUCAAACAAGUGUAGAGAUGAAGGAAGCAACUGCCAAUAUGAUAUUUGAUCUAACUGCAAAAAAGCUAAUCAGCUAUGAUUCUGAGACCUCAUCAGAAAAUCUGCGGGAAAGUUUUGUAGCUUUUAUACAGGGAUUGAUUUCCUUUCCUAUAAACAUCCCUGGAACUGCCUAUCACAAGUGCUUACAGGGAAGAAAGAAGGCAAUGAAGAUUUUAAAGACAAUGCUAGCAGAAAGAAGAGCAAAGCCUAGGAAGGAACAAGCUGAUUUCUUUGAUUAUGUCCUAGAAGAACUUCAAAGGAACGACACAAUCCUCACAGAGGCAAUAGCUCUGGAUUUGAUGUUUGUACUGCUCUUUGCCAGCUUUGAGACCACCUCUCUGGCUAUAACUUUAGCUACUAAAUUUCUUCACGAUCAUCCUUUGGCUUUAAAAGAAUUAACAGAGGAACAUGAUGCAAUAAUUAGAAGCAGAGAAAAUCCUGCUUCUGGGCUUACAUGGAAAGAAUAUAAAUCAAUGAAAUUUACCUUUCAGGUCAUUAAUGAAACAGUCAGACUGGCAAAUAUUGUUCCUGCUAUCUUCCGAAAAACACUAAGAGAUAUCAACUUCAAAGGGCAUACCAUUCCAGCUGGUUGGGCGGUUAUGGUUUGUCCUCCAGCUGUACACUUAAACCCUGCCAAAUAUCAAGAUCCCCUUGACUUCAAUCCAUGGAGAUGGGAGGGAAUAGAACUGAAUGGAGCAUCUCGAAAUUUCAUGGCUUUUGGUGGUGGUAUGAGAUUUUGCGUAGGAACAGAUUUCACUAAGGUGCAGAUGGCUGUCUUUCUCCACUCACUCGUGACCAAAUAUAGGUGGCAAACAAUUGAAGGAGGAAACAUAGUGCGGACUCCUGGUUUACAGUUUCCAAACGGCUACCACGUUAGGAUAUCGGAAAAAGAUGAGUAGAUACAAUAGCCAACACACGGUAGAUGGGAUAGUCAGUAAAAGUGGCUAAAGACAAUACCAGGAAUUCAAACAUACCCGGAUAUUCUCAAAGCAGCAGAAGAUAUUGCCGCUGAAAGAAUGCUGGGA